UUCAAGACAAACCUAGUUGAGCCUCAUGUGAAGCCAAAAUGUCCGCUAGGUUGGUGCCGUAUUUGUCCUUGAUUAAGUUGACUUACAGACAAAGGGUACAAAGAGGCAUCCCUAACAGCGGUUCGUCGAGAAAUCAUAAAUAUUUACCCAUUUGUAUUCCCAUGCCAGAUUUGGGAUCUUAAGACUGGAAGGCCCGUGUUGGAACGUGCGUUGAUGCGGGAUGUUCAGCUGGAGUCGUUUACUUACGUCUGUCAUGUGUCGUGUUUUUUAAACAGAUGGGCAAUGGAAAUAGCGUGCUCUGAUUUUUCAGUUUGUAACAUUGCCAUAAUAACAGCUAUUCGAUACUUAGAGGGACGUUUGAGCCUCAUACUUCAGCGGGAACCACCCAUGGAUUUGAAGCCAGCACAGAUUCCACGCCUCAAGGACGAUCGUACCGACAAAGUGGAGGACCUACUAGAAGAUCUGCUGGAGAGAGACAUGGUUCUGGGGUUGACUGAAGAGCUAAAGUGGAAAGUGAACCUCAGCAUUGAAAGUGUACUGAGACGAAUGAAAGAGUUUGAGAAUGUGACUGUUGAGCAUAAGGUGAAGAGCAUAGUAAAAACAAACUUUGAGCUGAAGGAUGAGCUGGAGAGCUGGCAGAGAGCAGUAUUCCGGGAAGAGAGAGAACUGAAGCAAGAAAAACUAGAGUAUGAGGUAAAGAGUAAAUUUAAACAAGUAAUGGAUCUGAGGAAGAAGUUGAAGGCCGAACUAGGGCACGCAUCGAAGGAUGAGAUAGUUUUUCUAGUACGUUUGAAGAGGGCACUGAUUCUUGAUGUGGCGUUUAUACGGGAAUGUAUGGCGGGGCUGGAGGAAAAACUGAGCUUGGAGGUGAAGCACUUGGAACCAAAGUUAAGGGGAGAAGUGGAGUUGUUACUACAACGAGGGCGCGUGCCAGAGUAUGAAUUGAUUGGAAGAAACCCAGGUCUGGAAAUCGAUCAACCGGAGGUGAAGCUGAAAAAAGGGCUGAAGUUGCCAGUUGAUCGAGUGCAUGAGUUACAGAAUAAGAUAGCUUGUAUAGAGGAACUAGUGCGGAUUCUGGAAACCGGACACCGGAGACAGGAGCUCGAUCAAGAGGAGUCGAAUUUCAAACAGAAGCUGGAGUUCCUACUUGAACGAGAGCGUGGGUCACCACAUGAAAUGCAGUACAGAGAUUACCAGGUGCUGAAGUUUGUACUCGAUCAAGAACGUCGGUGGAAGGGAGAGCUGCAGGAGCGUAAAGAGAACCCAGUUGCUUUUCUGAUUGAACGCAACCGUGAGCUAGAGCAUAAGCGAAAAGACGUACAUGUAAACCGUGAGCAGGAACUGGGGAGAGAAUGGAUAGCUGAAACCUGGAAAGCAUGGACGUUGCUAUCUAAAUGUGAGGGUGAGCUGACUAGUACAGAAUUGGCGUGGGUGAGAAACCGAUUCCAUGAGCUCGAGCAGCUUGAGGUAAAUCUGACAGCUGAGGAGGAGCUUGAGAGCUUACUUAUAAAAGAAGGAAGACUGUAUGAUGAACUGACCUCUAAUAGUGAACCAAGUGUAAGACAGUUUGAUCGGAUAAUGGAAGGCCUAGUGGAUGAUUUCCAACUGUCCCAGAUAUUUUCAACAACUGAGGGAAAAUUUAAAUCCUAUCAACUGCCUACGGAGGAUUUGAUAGGAUUUUUCUAUGGAAGUAAACAAAGGGAAAUAGAGGAAUCGAAGAAAAAGCUCGAGACUUUAAAAGAGAGGAAACCAGAGCUUAUACAUGAGAUGGAGAUGGAACUAAAUAGAAAGAGAGACCAUGAGGUCAAAGGUGCGCAAUGUUGGACGGCAUGGGUGGAAAAUGAGCUUAUGCCCCAAGGUAGAGAGAAUUUGAUGAUGAAGAAAUACCGCUGGCUGAGGCUGAAUAUGUUGACAAGCAAACUAAAAAAGCAACUCGAACAAGGGCUUGAACGUGAGCUGGAUCGAGUCCGAAACACUUCUAUGGCUUAUAGCGCGAGGAGUCGAGAGUAUGGGAGAGGGAUUGGAAAUGGAGUAUGGGAGCUAUAUCUCAGAGUAUUGGAGAAAGAAAUUAUGGAGAUGAACCCUUACUUGGUUGCAGAGUUCUUACACGGAUCAUUUAAGUAUGAGGAGUACACGAAUUUUCUAGAAGGACUUCACGAUGUUGAAAGUAUAGUCAACGAAGAUAUUCUCAUUUGCCAUUCACCAGGAGGAAAAUGGGUGCUAGAGGCCAAUGGUUUUCAAAAAAAUCAUAUCUUGCGAAAAAGAAAUGGAGAGCUCUCCUGUGACCAUGAAACGCCUCAACGUGCUAUUGAAAAGGUCACGCACUUCUCAUUUACAAAUGAUGACUCCUAUUUGGUUUAUUUGACCGAUAAUGGUUUGCUGCACGCUUUGUCCCUCGACACAGGUACCGUGUUAACCAGUGUGUCCAACAAUAACGUCGUUUAUUUCACAUGGCAAUGCGAGUGUGGCUAUUUCUUUCGCAGCGACACAGAAGAAAAAGCCAUUCUUUUUUCGGAUCUAUUUAGCCCUUUCAAGUUUAUUCCGGCAUCACUAGUAGAGUUGGCUGUGCCGGAAAAAACGAUCGCAGCAGUCUUUUACUCAACUAAUACAGUUUUAGCUGUUAGUUCUGAUUUGAAGGUUUCCUUUUGGCAGACCCCUGAAGCUAAAGAUGGCUUCAGCUUCAGCUUCAUUUCCCAGUUUCUUCUCGACAGGCCUGGCUUAGAAGUGAAGAAUUGUGCGCUUUCUCCAAAUGGACAGCAUAUUGCCAUUAACCAAGGAAGCAGGUUAAUGCUAUAUACCUUUAAAGAUUUUAGCCUUGCGGAGACUGACACAGUAUUCAUAGAAGAAUUUGGCUACACGGUUUCGUGCAUUGCAUUUUCAGGCGACAGUGCCUCACUUCUCCUUUGUAUCCAGGCUUUUCGAAGCUUUACGCGUGGCGAUGUGUGGGACGUUGUGGGGAAGUUCGUGUCGAGUAGUGUGAAGUCACAGAAAUUGGUUGCUGUUGAAUGUUGUCGCCUUUCAUCUGACAAGCAAGAGGUUAUUUUAUGCGGUCAGUAUCAGAUUGAGAUUUGGAAAUAUGGCGAAAGCUCUUGUCACUUAUUGACGACAAUCCAUGUAGAAAACAUUCACCACUCUCUUAGGUUCAGUCAAUGUAUUGUUUCGUCAGACAACCAGCUUCUAGUUUGUUGCAUCGGGAAUACAAUUCUUAUUUAUCGUCGCAAUGCAUCAAAUGUCAACUCCUCCAAGAGAGUCCUCCACGGCCAUCUCUGUAAAGUAGAGUUUUGUCGGUUUCUUAAGGAAAAUCGUUAUCUCAUUUCGUAUGGUAUCGAUGGCAAGGUUUUCCUCUGGGAUACAAGUGGACAAGAGGACAGAUGUAAAGCGGUUGGAUUCACAAAGAUUCCAGUGGACACCGUCGUAUGUAUGGCAGUGUCACCGGAUGAAGAGAAAAUUGUUUGCUUUUCGUCUAUAAAUUUGAUGUGCUUGGUAAAACUCUGCAACCUGAAAAGCUUUUCCCAGUAGUGGAUAUGGUGUGAUCGAGUGGUUCAGGGCCUGGAGGACGGAAAUUAGUAAAUAGUUGCUCAAAACAUCGAAAUCAGGAUCGACCUGCUUUCACAUGUGCCAUCAUCAAGGAUCUGAGACAUUCGUGAGAUCGGGUUAAAUGACUAUUGAAAAUGAAUCUCCAAUAACGAAAAUCAAAGCAAUAUUGAACUAAUGAAAACAUUGCUCGUUAUUUGAGCGGAGAUCUUUCACCAUGUCCAACGUAAGAAUGACUGAAGGUUCCCUUUGAACGUCUGCGCAAAUUUAGUGUUUAAACAAAAAAACGUAAAAAGUUUUGGUUAAGUGUUGUUUUUCGACAUAAAACAGUAUAGGUCCCGAUUGUCCCUGCUGUUGUAAAGGUGAAAAUUGUAGAACCCUUUUCUGCGAUGUUUUAUUAUUUACAAUUUCGCACAACAUCCAAAACGUUGCGAUAGCCUUUUAAUUAUGUCACUCAAGUCAUGGAGGUGGUGAUCUUUUCAAUGAACUAUUAAUUGCGUAACAUCCAGAAAACUCCAAAAGAGUAAAAUCGUAGAGACAGCGCCACUGUCCCGUUAGUAAACAAAAGAUCUUAGGUCGCGAGAGAAUUAAAAACCCAACAGGAAAGACUACAAGAGGAAUUUUAAGGUUCAACAACAUGCAAAGAACACAUUCUUGAAGGGCAGCUUGAAGUUACUGGUGAAAAGUUCAAAGGAAAUUUCUCUUGGACUCAACUUUGGUCUUUAGCACCCAAGGACACUUAGUUUGUUCCAAGGUUUUGAAGACAUAUACAGGCGUUUUUCAGGUUAACCAAAUAGGUUUAGAGUCUGUAUCAAUAUGAUGUAGUUCCCCUCACGACAUUUAAAGGUUUAAUUUUAAACGAAGUGUGAGAUGUAUUGGAAACAUAAUGCUAAUUACUGAAGCGUGAUAUGAUGUAAUUGCAGAGUAUUCAUUGGCUGAGUCAAAUUGAGUUACGCGCCGU